CUCUUCACGACGCACCAUCUGUGCUGCUUAAAAAAAUACUUUUUUUUAGUUUUUAUUCAUUAUGAGGGUUAACAACUAUUUCCAGUGUUGAUGAAAGUACAAUUAUAAAUAUAUUUAUAUUUUUUCUAUACAUCACUACAAAAAGAAUUAUAUGUAAAAUUUUUAAUUCUUCAAAGUUAUAUAAAACAAAAGUAUUGUGAUAUCAAGUGGAUUGAUUUUAUAUUAAAGGAUCAUAAAUCGAAGAAAAAAGGAAUUUGUGGUGUGAAUUUUUCAAUAUAUCGAAAACUGGUCAGGGCCCCUAGCAGUUUGCUGAGAAACUAAACAGCGCACAUUUCCAUCGACUCUUUAUUCAGGAGAAGUAGCUUUACUUUGCACAGUGAAAGCUAAGCCUGCGAUAAUACAACCAGAGUUGGGGCUUUUGCAUUAAACUUGAAAUUAUACGAGAGCUAUAAAGUUAUACCGAGUUAAUGUUUAUUAAAUCAAAUAGUUUAAUAACGACUCAUAACAAUUUCAUAGUACUUGAGAAUUACACCAAGGAGAGAUGUUUAUCGACUGUUAUUAAAUAAAUCGUGAAUUUUCUAACGAAAAAAAAAGAAGAAAGAAAUACUACAGGGCGUAUGACAAUAUCGAGGUUUAGACGGUGGUGGAGUAAACCUCGAAUGGAGAGAACGAAAGUCACCAAUAUGAGGAAAAGAAGGCUGAUGAGGAUUUGUAGAUGAAGCGGAAGACAUCGGAGAAUUUAUCGAAGAACCAGUUAACGGGUGUGCUUUGGGUGUAAAUUGGUUUAUCAGGGCCCAUGGCCCGGUGCUGGUUACGCCAGUGCUGGUGGUGGUUCCUGCUUAUUGUUACCUUUCUCGGAUGGUUUCUUCUUCCAAUUGCUAAUUCGUCCAUUGAUUUGGAAACAAGUGCAGAGAUAUUAGUCUUCUUACCAGAAAUUUGCAGUCACGAUUUCAACACUUCCGUCGUACAAGAUUUUUUAACAACACGAAGUCCAAAUUCAUCAAUUGCCAUGAUUUCAAAAUCACAAACCUGCGAAACACGUUCUUGGGGUCUUGGUGCAUUGGUUCAAGCCCUUGAGCAAAAUACGACGAAAGCUUUGAUCGCAGACCUCAAUCCAAACACCUGCGAUGUUGCUAUGAAACUUGCUCAUCUCUGGAACAAACCGUUGCUCACAUGGAAUUGCCCUCAGAAAGCCCAAGAAGAUGCGGAAUUUUCAUCAAUCAUCAGACUCUCACCUUCCCUAUUGACAAUGGCAAAUACGAUAGCUGAAAUUUUUCGUCAUUUCCGGUGGAAAUCUGUGGCGAUUAUAAGCUCAGAUGAUAUUUUAUGGUCAAAUUUGGAUCGAGCUGUUGUUGGUGCUUUGGGAAAUAUUGGUAUCGUGCCUAGACAUCGUAUUGUCCUACAGUAUUCCGAUAGUCCGAAGCAAAUUCAGGAUUCCUUAAGACCUUUGAUCACUAUUCCAUGUAGAGCUGUAAUUUUUUGUUUGCCCCUGGAGGAUAACUAUACAAGUCGCAUAUUGUUAGAGAUGGACAUUGUUCUUCAGGAGACUCGCGUGUCACAUCCUGUAAUCCUGUUAAUCCAACCAGUAAAUUCAGAGUUCUUUAUCCCUGAAAAUAUUUCGCUGGCAACCACCACUAUGCUUCCAAUUUUGGUACCGUUCACGAGCACCACUCAGUCUUCCAAUUUUUCUAUCCCAAACGUAUCCAAUGCUCACUCGAACGCACCACAACGAUCGAAGUCGUCAAGCCGAUUUAAACCACCGACAAACCUGAGCAAAGCCAUGCUGACAAAUAUACUAGCCGUCGUACCUUUCGAUCAAACAUACGAUGUGCAAAGAAUAUUUAGUGGUAGGUCAAGUUUCACAGUGCCAAAUAUAUUUGGACAUUUGGAGGAAUCAUUGGAUAUUUUAAUUCGUGAUAACACGAGUUUAAAUCAAUGGAACAAUAAAAUGUUUACAUAUGCAUUGUUGAAUUUAAAUGCUAAUGAUUGGGAACCAAUUUUAAUUGUCUUUGAACAAAGGGAACAACUCGUGAUUAAGGAAAUUGUUCAAAACACAUUUGCCGACGAUGAGAUCAUUGUACUUUGUGAAAAUCAAGGCGAAUGCUCCUAUGGCGACCUACCAGGUAUACCAUUACGAACUGCACAUAUCGUAGCUAUCAUAAUGAGUUCUCUUCUAUUUGGCCUCAUCGCCAUUGUUACAGCAGCGUUGAUACGGAGACACUUAAUGAAGAAGAGAAUGUCCAAGGGUCCAUACAAGAUAAUCUUAACAACUUCCGACUUUGUUUUCCCGCAAGUUCCCGAUCCCAGAAGGGUUGAUGAGGGAAUAGAAGCGAUGUUGUGUUGUUGGUUGCAACAGCUGCAAGAAUUUGGAGGACCAGAGGUGGAAAAACCAGAUCUUCUACAAGGAAGCGUUGGAUCGUUGAGGCCACAUCUACAAGCUAGUAAUGGAAGUCUUGCGAGGCAUGCAAUUCUCAACGACCCUCGUGUUAGAUAUAAUGGUGAUUUGGUGCAGCUGAAGGAACUCCAAUUCCAGGGGACGUUUGAACUGAAGAGCAAAGCCAUUGAUGUGCUGGUCACGAUCCAUGGACUUCGUCACGAGAACCUGAAUCCACUGAUCGGAUGUCUGAAUGAACCAACGAGACCGUGUUUGGUGUCCGAAUUUUGCUCGAGAGGCUCGCUGGAGGAUGUUUUGGUCCAAGAUGAAAUCAAACUCGACUGGUCCUUUAGACUCUCCCUCCUCACGGAUCUCGUUCGAGGUAUGAAGUACCUUCACAGCACCCCAAUACGUGCUCAUGGAUAUCUCACAUCAAGAAAUUGUGUCAUUGAUGCUCGUUGGGUUCUCAAGGUCACAGAUUAUGGACUUCCGGCCUUUUACGAGGCCCAGAAUGCCAUUCUACCGACAAAAACAGCUAGGGACUUGCUGUGGACAGCUCCGGAAUUGCUGAGGCACGCAGGCCUUCGAAAGAGAGGAACACAAACGGGCGAUGUGUACAGUUUUGGUAUUAUCAUGCAAGAAGUCGUGGUCCGUGGAGAACCUUUUUGCAUGUUGGCUCUGUCACCGGAAGACAUAAUUGAAAAGGUCAAAAAACCACCUCCAUUAAUCAGACCCUCGGUUAGUAAAGGCGCAGCACCACCGGAAGCCAUCAACAUUAUGCGUCAAUGUUGGGCAGAAGCUGCGGACAUGCGACCAGACUUCAAUGCUGUUUAUGAUCUUUUUAAAAAACUUAAUCACGGAAGGAAAGUAAACUUUGUGGACACGAUGUUUGAAAUGUUGGAAAAGUACUCCAACAAUCUUGAGGAAUUAAUUCGCGAGAGGACUGAACAGCUAGAUAUGGAAAAAAAGAAGACUGAACAAUUGUUAAAUCGUAUGCUACCAGCUUCAGUGGCGGAAAAAUUAAAGUUGGGAAUGCCAGUGGAUCCGGAGGAAUUUCGAGAGGUCACUAUUUAUUUUUCUGACAUCGUCGGUUUUACGACGAUCUCCGCUUAUUCUACACCUUUCCAAGUUGUUGACCUACUAAACGACUUGUACACUUGUUUUGAUGCGACGAUAAACGCCUACACUGUUUACAAGGUGGAAACAAUAGGAGAUGCUUAUAUGGUUGUCGGUGGUUGUCCUGUAAGGAUACCUGAUCAUGCGUCUCAAGUUGCAACAAUGGCAUUGGAUCUUCUUCAUCAAAGUGGAAAAUUCAAACUAAAGCAUCUGCCGAAAACUCAAUUACGCUUGAGAAUUGGCCUUCAUACUGGACCCUGCUGUGCUGGGGUCGUUGGUCUGACAAUGCCGAGAUAUUGCCUGUUUGGUGAUACGGUAAACACAACAUCAAGAAUGGAGUCCACUGGUGCGCCAUGGCGAAUUCAUAUGAGCCAAGCAACGAGAGAUCGAUUAACGCAAGUUGGCGGCUACUACAUUGAAUAUCGUGGAAGAACAGACGUGAAGGGAAAAGGGAAGAUGGCAACAUACUGGCUUUUAGGAAAGCAAGGCUUCGACAAAGAGCUUCCGACACCGCCGCCUCUUGGAGAAGAUCAUCGACUUGAGGAGAGUUUGAUAUUGGGAAGUUUGGUGAAUCAAGACGCUGAUUUAGGAAGUCCACAGCAUCCAUCGCCAAUAGCUGAGGAUGUAAGUUUUGAGGAACAUAAUUCAAUUGAAAAUUUAACAAAAGUCAAUGAUGAAGAUUCAUUAUCGUCAGUGAAAUUGUCGACGAUUAAUGAUAAUAAUAACACAUGUACAACAACAACAACAGACAGUAUAGUGAAUACAAAAAAAGUUGCUGUCUCCGUCCAUAAUGAAAGAACAUUGACAUAUAGCUAUUCAUUAAAAUCAAGUGAAGUGAUUGAUACACCAAAAGAAAUUGCCAAAACACCAGACUAUAGUAGUGCAACAAUUACAAAAAGUACAUCAGGUGAUAAUCAGACAAAUUUAGCAACACCAGUAUCAGCGGCUGAAGUUGCUGCCGCUCUAUUGGGUGCUUCAACAACGUCACUUACAUCAGCGACAGGAACAAAUUAUCGACGACACAGAAGAGUCGGAGCAAUUGAACAAGAUGAUCUCAGCACACCGUACAAUCAUUAUCGAUGUCUUUCGCCCAAUGAUCAUGGAAAAAAUUCCGCGUGUCGAUUAUUAAAAAGGCAAUUCAGCUUGGAUCGUGCAGAUGAGCCAGCGACAAUAGUUCCCGACCAACACACUCAGAGAGCAGCUCCACGAUUGAACAAGCAAAACAGUGCUGGAGCUGCGAAUGACUUGGAGAGAAUAGAAGAGGUUCCAUCCACUCCUGGCCCUCAAGUAUAUCGUCAUGCUUCCAUGUCUCUAUCUGUCGAAUCCCUGACUAUGCAGUAGACAAAAGAAAAAAAGAAUUCUCUUCACUCUUUAUAUUAAUUCUUUUAAUGGUAAUUAUAUUUUUUUUU